GGUGUAUAAUAUAAGGGUGGAUUUCUAUGGCUAUAUAAAUUACAAACUCUCACUUCAGAUUCAUCUCAUAAGCACACCUAAAAUUAAUCAAUCCCUCAUUUCCUGCCACAUACUCUUCCAUGGCAAUAUCAUCAUCACCAUGCUUAGCAUUCCAUGUGAAACGUUGUAAGCCAGAACUAGUUGUACCCUCAAAACCAACACCACAUGAAGUAAAGUACCUCUCAGACAUUGAUGACCAGGAGGGCUUAAGAUUUCAAGUUCCGUUUAUAUGGUUUUACGAGAACAAGAAAAAUCACAAUAACAGUACUACUCCUUCAAUGGAAUUAGGAAAAGACCCUGUUAAAGUUAUUAGGGAAGGACUUGGUAAGGCACUGGUUUAUUACUACCCAUUUGCUGGUAGACUUAUGGAAGGUUAUAACAGGAAGCUUAUUGUGGAAUGUAAUGGCAAAGGGGUUUUGUUCAUUGAGGCUGAUGCUGAUAUUAGCCUUGACCAAUUGGGUGAUAGAAUUCAAUCUCCAUAUUCAUUUCUUGAUGAAUUUCUUCGUAAUGUUAAAGGAUCAGAUGGUAUUCUUGGUUGUCCUUUGUUGUUAAUUCAGGUGACUCGUUUGGCAUGUGGAGGUUUUGUUUUGGCGUUGCGUUUUAACCACACAAUGUGUGAUUCAUUUGGAGUGUUUCUGUUCUUGAAAACAAUGGCAGAGAUGGCAGAUGGAGCAGAAGAGCCUUCAAUUCCACCAGUAUGGCAGAGGGAGCUCUUGACUGCCCGAAACCCACCGCGCGUAACUUGCAUACACCAUGAAUAUCAUCAACAAGCAAUAAUUAUGACUGGUGAAAUGAACUCAUUGGAUCAAACCAACAACCUAGUCCAUCGCUCUUUCUUCUUUGGUCCUUACCAAAUAAAGGCCAUCCAAAACCAUCUUCCUCAAAACCUCAUUAGCUUUUUUUCCCGAUACGAGUUACUAACAGCUUGUCUAUGGAGAUGUCGUACGCUUGCACUGAAACUCGACGAUGAGGACAUCGUUAGAGUUUCGUGCAUGCUGACUGCUCGAGGCAAGGACCAAGGUUCAAGUCUGCCUUUAGGGUACUAUGGCAAUGCAUUUGCAUUUCCAGCUGCUGUUUCGAAAGCUAGAGAUUUAUGCAAAAACUCGUUGGGAUAUGCAGCGGCGUUGGUGAAGAAGGCAAAAGCUGAAAUGAAUGAAGAGUACAUAAGAUCAGUAGCAGAUCUUAUGGUAAUGAAUGGAAGACCGACCUAUAUUGCAACAGGGAAUUUUCUUGUUAGUGAUGUAAGAAAUGCUCGGUUAGGAGAUGUGGAUUUUGGUUGGGGUUUGCCUGAAUAUGCAGGACCUGCCAUGGCUUUCCCUCGAAUAAGCUUCUAUGUGAAGCAUAGAAACAAAUGUGAAGAUGGGAUUUUGGUACCAAUUUGCUUGCCUUUUUGGGCUAUGGAGAGGUUUCAGAAAGAGCUUAUGGCAAUGACUCAAGAGGAUGCUAAAGCAACUGAAAUUAUAUCCAAACUUUAAGUAAAAAUUUGGAAGCUUCUUCAAUAUUGCAGCUAAUAAUUUAGUUAUUUUGUCUCUCCCAAACAUGAUUUGCAACUUUUUUUUUUUUUUUUUUGGUUGUUUUCCUUAUAUGGGAUGUGGGGAUUCAAAUUUGGGAUUAUUGCCCAGGAAAAAUCCACUGGUCUGUCUCUAACACCUUUAUUUGAAGAAAUAGUGGUUUCGCUUGAGUGUGAUGAAUGGAACAGAUUUAUUAAGGUAAUUAAUAAUUUGAGAGUGGAUUAUGACUAGUAUGCUA